GUCUUUUCUGAAGGCACCUACGACUGUCUGGAUCCCCUGAAUGACGGCUUUUCACAGGACUACAAGACAUUUACCGGAACAGUGGACGAGCUGGAAAAGGGCCUUGCAAAUAUUGCUUGUAAAGCAUUCGACGAUGCUCUGAGUUUUGAGCACGCUUGCAAGGUGAGUAUGUUAAGCAGGAUUACUUAG